AUGUAUGUUUAUGGCCCAUCAUCUCUAGCCAAUUACCCUGCCUCAGUGUGGGAGCGCCAAGCCUUCCCCUUCGCCGUCACAGCCGUCAGUGCGAGCGCAUGCAGUCAGACGGCGACAGUUAGCGUUCCUGGACGUCCCCGGCAGAGCGCGGUUUCCUCCUCAGGGGGCUCUGGAGAUCUGUUUUGGAAAAGUAAGGCGCCGUGGAAGCAGAGUGUGCAGCUGCU